AUGCCAGCGGAGGCCGGCGCGCUCCACUACACGCAGCGCGAGCUCACCGACGCCAUCCACACGCCAUGGACCCUCGCGCAGGACUGGGCCACCCCCUCUCCGCAGCGGAGCAUCGUCCCGAGCCCCCCGAGCGCCGCCCCGCAGCGUCGCGCCGCGCUCGGCCGAACGGCCGCCCCCCGCGCUCGGGGGCGCCGUGCGCCGCGGGCCGACAUGGUCUUCGUGGAGGAGCUGCCCGAGGACGACGGGGAGGACGAGGGCGACGGCGGCGCCGGGCUCGGGUUCGGCCCCGAGCGCCUGUGGGCCUGCCCGCGCUGCGGGGACCAGGUGCCACAGAGGCGCCGCGGCGCACACGAGGCGCUCUGGUGCUCCGCGCUGAACGCGGACGGCGGCGACGCGUCCUCCGGAGAGAGCAGCAGCGACGCGGGCGCCGCCGCGAAGAGGGCGGGCGACCGCCGCCAGGGCAGUGCUCCAGAGGGCCUGCGUGCCCGGCGGGCUGGCAGGGCGGGCCUGCAGGGCGGCCUCAACUUCGAGCGCCGGUGCCCCCACGGCUUCCACCCCCAGGGGUGCGCCCAGUGCGCGGCGGGUGCCGACACAGGCUGCUGCGGCGGCGGCGCCGCGAGCUCAGGGUGCUGCGAUGCCCCAGGCGGUGGUCCAGACGAGCUGGCCGAGACCUCUGAGGGAGCACGGCGGAGGGCGCGCCUGAGCUUUUUCUUCCUGGUGCUCUUCGUGCUCCCAGGCUGCGGGGCCCUGUUCCUGCUGGCGCAGGAGAUGCUGGACCCGGGCGUGCGGCGGGUCGCUGCCGAUGACGCGGGGACGGUCAAGGAUAUUUUCUUUGGUGGGAAGCCGUGGGUAGUCUACUGCGUGAACAAGAGGACGGGCGCCAGCACCCAGCACUUGCCGAUGCUCGCGAAGGCCGCCGAGAUCCUGCGGCCCGAGGGCAUCAAGGUCGCCGAGGUGCACUGCUGGAACCCCCUGCCGACCAAGAGGGGGCCGCGGACCCUUGCGAAGCGCUUCCGGUUUCAGGACCGGCCGCCAGUCUCCCUCUUUGUGGCCGGGGACGGCAAGCCGCAGGUGCUGGACUCCCUCGCGGGGAGCACCGGCCCCGGCCUGGCGCGGCAGGCCGUGGCCGCGGCGGGCGCGGCGCGAGGGCCGCGGCGGAGCCCCGCCGCGGCGCGGGGCGGCCGCUCCGGGCGCGGCGAGCGCGUGGGCCGCCGGCCGAGGGACGAGGAGGACCCGCCCGACGAGCCCGGCGCGCCCGCGGGCACGGCGGAGGCCGAGGAUGGGGCGGCGGCGGCGAGGAGGACGACGGGGCAGAGGUGGUCGACCUGGACGCCUGAGCGCGCCGCUCCCGCUCCGACGGCGUGCGCGAGAGGGGGGUCUUGGUCGGUGGCGUCGCCGUCGGAGGUCCCGGGGCCCCGCUGGGGGUGCUCGGCACCCUGGCCAUGACCGGGCGCACCUCGAGAAAGGCCGGCCGGGCCGAUCGAGGCGAAGUUCGCGGCGGCCCCCUCCCGCCCAGCCGACGGCAGCGGCACUCGGCUCGGCUUCGCGGCCGCCUGCGCGUGUGGCGAGCGUCGGGGUCCGUGCGCCCGCGGGCGGGCGGGUGGAUGGUCGACCCGCGGCGGCCUCUGCGAGCCGUCGCCGGCCUGAGUAUCAGCGCGCGCCUGGCGCGCGCGUCGAAGAACAAGGGAAAAAGCGGAUGAACUAGUAGUCGGCGCCACCCGAAGAUACCAACACCAUGUGUGCGUCGCCUCCGGAGCGAA